GUUGGAAAAAGCAAAAAAACACUCGUCGGAAAAGAGAAAAAAGAAAGCAGCAAAGCAAGCAUUAGCGAAAGCAGAGCGUGUACAGAAGAACUCAAGGAGAACAUUUAAAAUCAUCUGUGAAGUUAAGAGAUAGUUUACUAGAGUCUUUUGGCCCGCACGUCUAAAUUGUAUUUCUCCUGCCUGUGUAUCAGAACUCUGAGCGCGCGUUUUCUUCGAACGCUCUCCAGRCCAUAACAAAACAAAAACAUAUAAAUAAUACAAAAGCUUCUACAUGAUGUCGUCGGACCAACAGUUUUUUCUAAAAUGGAACGAUUUUCAAACGAAUAUGGUGACCUCGUUCCGUCACUUGCGCGAUGAGAAGAGUUUCACAGAUGUAACACUUGCCUGYGAAGGCCAAACUUGUAAGGCACACAAAAUGGUGCUUUCAGCUUGCAGUCCCUACUUCAAGGCGCUAUUAGAGGAAAAUCCCUCAAAGCAUCCAAUCAUUAUACUGAAAGAUGUGUCCUACAUACACCUGCAGGCAAUACUCGAGUUCAUGUAUGCCGGCGAAGUGAAUGUAUCGCAAGAACAGCUGCCAGCAUUUCUUAAAACGGCUGAUCGACUUAAAGUGAAAGGUCUUGCAGAGACACCUAGUUCUAUAAAGCGGGAGGGUUGAUGGUAUUUAAACAAAUAAACAAAAUAUAAACACAACUAUAAGAAACUUAUAUACGCAAGCAAGAAAACAAAAUUCCAACAAAAGAACGAAACAGAAAUAGUGGAACGUAGCUAAAACAAAAAGAAUAACAACAUUAGAGAUAUACAGACACAAAGUUCAUUUCAAAACUYAAUGCACACCCAUAAGCMCACAAAGUUGACAAAUUUACGAAUAGUUCAAACUUAAAAGUAACGUUUACGAUUUUAUGAUCCCUGACACUGACCUAUAUCCCUCCCCUCUAACUAGAUCAAACACAAAUUUGCAAUAUUUAUGAACACUGUCGACCCAUUGAAUUUGAUUUGAAUCGUAUUUUUAAUUUCAUCAUAAAAUAGUUUGUAAUAUACUAUUCUUAAACAUAAAACACACAAAACACUGUAUAAAAAGCAAAAUAUGGACAACCCUGCAUAACAAAGGAAUGAAAAUGUACGCACUUUUGUAAAGUAAAUAAAAGAAAACUCAUAAAAGAAAAAAACAAAAAA